UUUUUUGACUACACGCCAUGUGCAUGCCCUUCAUCCUAAAAAAGCGUUAGAAAUCAAUGCAAAUAAUUUUUGAGAGCUCGGGAUUUAGGUGUCUCAGUUCUCAAAAAGUUUUUUUUAACAACAAUAUAAUAAAAUAUUGAAAUUUAUUAACAAUUAUUCGAUUGAGUGAUAAUGUGCCAUUGAUUUGUAUCAUCAAGUUUUUAAUUGACAUAAGAUCUAUCAAAAUUACAUCAUCGAUCGUGGUUGAAUAAAAAAUUAAAAAAAAUGGGUAAUUCAUUAACCAGUGCAAGUAUCCUAGCAGCCAGCGUUAUUACACAUGAAGAUAAAAUUAAUGCAUCGAAACACGGCAAUUAUGUGCAUAAAUCAUUUGAAGGAACUCCACCACCAGAAUGUCCUAUGCAUCAAUCUGGUGAUAAGAAACCUCCAAAAUAUACCAGUGAUUGUCCCGUUGAUCAUAUGGAUAGCUCCGAGAUAAAUCCUUUGAAUAUGAUGCCUAAAGCAAAUCAAAAUCCAGCACCAGACCAGCCGUUUCCUUUGCCUACGGACCGGCAAGUUUCGUCGAUACCUAGACCAUCGGAACAAGAACCCUUUUGGGUGUAUCCAUCCCAGCAAAUGUUUUGGAACGCUAUGCUGAGGAAAGGUUGGCGCUGGAGGGAUGAAGAUAUUGAGCCGAAAGACAUGGAACACAUUAUCAGAAUUCACAACGCUAAUAAUGAACAAGCUUGGCAAGAGGUACUUAAAUGGGAGGCACUUCAUGCUCGAGAAUGUGGUACGCCCAAGUUGAAAAGUUUUGGUGGCAAAGCCUCUCAUUACUCUCCUCGAGCAAGAAUUCGUCAACUGAUGGGAUAUGAAUUACCUUUCGAUCGUCACGACUGGAUCGUUGACCGAUGUGGAAAAGAUGUACGAUAUGUUAUUGAUUAUUAUGACGGUGGUAUGGUUGAUGCAAAAUAUAAAUUUGCAUUACUCGAUGUUAGGCCAGCUAUGGAUUCAUUUGAUAAUAUUUGGGAUCGCAUGAGAGUUGCCUACUACCGUUGGCGUUUUGAAAAUAGUGAUUCAGGGAAUGAGCCAUCAACAAUUUCAUAAUUGUUUGUAAAUUUUAUCUAGAGUAUAGAGUAAUUUUAUGAAUAAUAGUAGUAUUUAUUUUAUUACUAGUAUACAUGCAUGCGUGUAUACCGUAAUAACAUUGGUAUUGUAAUUUAUCUGUUAAUAAAACAAAAAAAAAAAAAAAA